AUGGGGGACAAGGCCCCAGAGGGACUGCACUACGUGGGGGAACUGGAGGAUCUGAUCUCUGCCAAACGGACAGUGGUGACUGUGGAAGGACGGGACAUUCUCAUCAUCCACCAUCAGGGGGAGUUCUACGCCAUCGACACCUACUGCUACCAUGCCGGGUCGUCAUUGCAGAACGGAGACAUUGAGGAGCUGGACCGUAAGCUGUGCAUCAUUUGUCCCAAACACAAGUUUCGGAUUGGUCUCCGGGAGGGGGAGGGGCUGUACCGGGGGCGGGACCGGAGCUGGCACUCCAAAGGGGUGAAGCAGCGCGUGCACAAGCUGCACCUCCAUCAGGGGGCGGUCUACCUACACCUGUCAACCGCGGCCUGGACAGAGUCUGACUACUACCAGGGAGAUAAAGGCAGGGCUGCUCGGGAAAGGCUGGAGAGGGAGGGAGGGGCUGAAGAGGCAGGGGCGGAGGAGGGAAGGAGUGACUGA